CAGAAGCAAUCCAAAACAUUGACCAAGACUCACUGUUUUGACGCUUCUUCGUUGCUUCUUAUCCAGAGAUAGGAAUCUGUGGUUCUCAUUUCUCCUUUCCUGUGCACAAGGCAAACAGUGACUCAUUAUUUUGAUUCUUAUAACUCAAACUACCAUUGUUACUCCUGUAAUUGAAAGAAAAUUUGCAAAAGAUUUCUUUAAACACCCACACAGACAUGGAUGAGAGGUUGCAGAAUUUUGCUAAGGAAGGAAACGCAGAUGCAUUUUUUUCAGUACUUGCAGAGGAUCCUUAUGUUUUGGAUAUUAUUGAUAAAGUACCAUUUGUGACAACUCCCUUGCACACAGCUGCAAGGGAGGGAAAGAUCCAUUUCGCCAAGGAAAUACUAAACUUAAUGCCAUCAUUUGCUCGGAAGCGAGACCAUCUUGGGCGUAGCCCCCUCCAUUUGGCUUUGGAAGGGAAGCAGCAGCUGCAGGAAGGGCUGAAUCCUUGUGAUCCGGAUUUGGAGUUGCAGUACCAGAAAAUUGUAUCAUGGUUGAUAAAACAUGACAGUGAGCUUGUCCGUGUUAAAGCAAAGGGAAUGGUUACUCCUUUGCACUAUGCAGCUCAACUAGAUGAUGAAUCCAGUUUGGAUGAGUUUUUGCGUGUUUGUCCAUCAUCAAUAGAAGAUUUGACUGUUAAAUCUGAAACUGCCAUCCAUGUCGCCAUCAAAAACAAGAGUUUGAAUGCCUUUAAAGUGUUGUUAGGAUGGCUUCGAUACUUCAACAAAGAAGAGAUGCUGCACAGUAAGGACGAGGAAGGAAACAAUGCAUUGCAUACAGCAGUAUCUGCAAAUCAACCUGAGGUGGUGAAGCUGUUGAUUGGAUGUAUGAAAGUGAAUAUAGAGAACAGUAAUGGUUUGACAGCUUUGGACAUGUUCAAGGAACGCCAAGCUCAAGGUUUGGUAGAUGCAGCAGUUGGGGACAUUCUACUUACUGCUAAAGCGAAAACUGCAUCUGAACUCCAUCCGCCUUUAAGAGGUUCAGAAAAAACUUUGAAAUUCAAGAAGUUUUCUGAUGUCUUAUCGUGUUCAGAUAGAAUUAGGGGAAAAUUUUUGUGGUUUCACCUAAGCGUAAAUGAAGUUCCUCUUGAAGUCCGAAAUACGCUACUUGUAGUGGCAAUUUUGAUCGCCACAGCCACAUACCAAGCUGCACUAGCUCCCCCCGGAGGAUUUUGGCAAGAUGACGGCAAACUGCAGCCUGCAGCGAACAACACUGGUAUCAGUAACACCACCACCUCCGCUAUCAGUAACGCCAACACCACCACUGCUAUCAGUAACACCACCACUACCGCUAUCAGUAACACCACCACCACCAUCUUUAGUACAGAGCCUUCUGAACAACACUUUGCAGGGCGUAUGAUUCUGGCGGGGUCUCUAUACCAAUUAAUGUUUGUGAUCUGUAAUUCAUUGGCUUUUUUUACGUCUGUGUGCCUAAUUUCGAUUCUCGUAACUGGCCUCCGAUUUUCCAUAAUCAUUCUCCUAUUGAUUUAUUUGAUGGAACUUCCGUAUUAUAUUUCUAUUCUUGAAACUUUUGGCUUCACCGGUAUUGCCUCUGUGAAGAUGUCUUUUGUGAUUUUUAUGGCUGUAGGUGCUUUGACGGCAAUUUAUAUUCCUGCUAUAAAACAAGGAAUUGCCUACAAAGACCUACAAAAGAUGUAAACGAGAGAAAGUGAACUUGUUUUUAGCUGCUACUUGUUUAUAUUUUGUUGUUACUUGUAAUGUUAUAUCUCCUUUUAAUAUAAUUAAUGAGGUUGUUUC